CUUAAACAGAGUCUGAUCUCAGCUAUGAAGGAGCGCAGCGAAGUUCGGCUUGGUGAGUGCAAACUCUUAAAGACUCACUAUGAAGUCAUUGCGUCCGCUCUGAAGUCCGACCCCUCCCAUCUGACAAAACUGGACCUGUAUAAGAGCUACCUGCAGGAUUCAGGAGUGAAGCUUCUGUCUGAUGGACUAAAGAGUCCAAACUGUAGACUGGAGACUCUCAGGUUGGUUGACUGCAGGUUGUCAGAGAUCAGCUGUUCUUCUCUGGUCUCAGCUCUGAAGUCCAACCCCUCCCAUCUGAAACUUCUGGACCUGAGCUGGAACUACAACCUGCAGGAUUCAGUAGUGAAACAUCUGAGUGGAUUUCUGGAGAGUCCAGACUGCAGACUGGAGACUCUGAGAUUGCAGUGGUGCGGGUUGUCAGGGAUCAGCUGUUCUUCUCUGGCCUCAGCUCUGAAGUCCAACCCCUCCCAUCUGAAACAUCUGUACCUGAGGUUCAACUACAUGCAUGAUUCAGAUGUGAAGCAGCUUUCUGAUCUGGUGGAGAGUCCAGACUACCAGCUGCAGACUCUCAGAUGGAGAGAGACAGAGUGACCAGGACGGAUGAGUCGUGUCCUGAUCUUCCUCAGAGGUUGAAGCAGCACCAGUUUGUGUGGACAGACUCUGACUGGAUCGUGAUGAUGAUGAAGAUGAAGAUGAAGAUGUACAAAGUUUCUGAAUUCCAGCAUUCCACAAACUUCUCAUAUAUUCAUGUAUUUCAUGUUAUGUAAAAAAGCCUUUAUUGUUAUUAUAUUCUUGUUAAAAAACAGUACAUCAAAAUGUAGCAUUUAAUUUGAACUUGAGGUUCCUUCGACAAGCAAGCACUUUGUCUAAAUUCUAGAUGAAUUCUAGUACGGAGGUGCGUACUACAAAUUUACUGACGGAUAAAUGUCUACGCUGCCGUGGCGGAGCUACUCAGCACAGCAGCCAUCUCCCCCACCGAGUCACGUGGCUCCCCUGGUGUUUUCUUUGUAUUUACAAGUUUCCGUUUCAUUCCAAGUUUUCCUUUUGUUGUUGUCGUGUUUUCAGCUUCGUCAGGUUUUUAAAGUUUCUCUCACUGAUGAAGAGAGAGACAGAAGAGAUCUGUGGAAUUAAAACACAUCAACACAAAUGUUCAACACUUGUUGAUUGAUAGUUGAAAUGGACUCUGAUCUCUUAUUAUAGCGUUUAAAAUGUGAGGAUUUCCAUGCUUUUCAGUAUCCUUGUUGAUGUAGGAAUGGGGCGGGUGUGUUAAUUGGAUUGUCAAUGAGGAUGAUGGAUGCGUACCAGAUGGUGGAGGAGCCGUUUACUGAGUUCUGGGGGGGUUAUGGCCUUUGGAUGACCUACUGUAAUACAGGUGUGUUUGGAUGUGUUUUAAUGACCCUGGGGGGAGGCGAUGCACCCAGCAGGGUAUGAGGGAGUGGUGUGAGGUCGGGAGGAGCAGGUAAACCAGUUGAAUCUGUCCCCCCCGAAGAGCUUGUCAGCGUUGUCUGGUUCCCUCUGCGGAGCUGAAGGGUACCAGCAGUGAAGAGAAUCUAACAACCCAUGCUGCUCCAUAAAGUUAAAAAGAAUAAAUGAAAUGACACGACUGGAUUCCAGCCACCGUCUCUCCGUCCUCUGGUCCUGCUCUGACCUGCCAGGAAUAACGCUGCCUCUGUUUCAUCCUGGCCUCUUCAGCAUCAAACCAGCACCAAACCAGCAUCAAACCAGCAGCAGCAGGGAUUUCAACCAUGAUCAUAUCUGACCCUGGAGGGAAGUCCAGACUUCUGGAUACCGGCCAUGAACAGUGACCCAACACUAGAUGCUGUGUUGUCAGAGACCUGCGAGGUAGAUGAUGGUCGGACUGAAGGCUUCAUCACAGCCGUGAAGCUCACUAGUUUGUAGUUUCCAUCUAUGGAUCAAAGGCCAAUGGAAAUAACAGGAAGUUGGCAGUUUAAAGAGAUUAAGGCCAAAACAUUAAAGAUAAUGUGCAUUUUUCUUUUAAAUGAUGAUGUCAGAGUUUGCGAUACAAAUUAUAUUUACCUUUUUUUAAAUGUUUUAUUCAAAUGAAGCCUGUAUGGCAUGGUGCUGCCCUCAGAUAACAAACCACAUAUCUGGACCUCACGCCACUCUGUUAACAUUUUGGAGGGAAUUUAAAUGUUUAAAUAUCACUAGACAUGUCUAAUUCAUGUGCAUUCUUAAUUCAUUUCUCUUCAUUUUAGUGGACAGUGUCAGUUUAAGUGUUUUUGUCACUUCACGUUAAUUCAACCUACUUUUUACAUCACAGCAAUUUAUUUUUUCACUUUGUUGUAUUUUUUAUCCCGAUUCUCCAUUUGCAAUUUUAUAUUUCUAUUUCUAACAUGACCAUUUUCUUAUUUUUAAUACCUUUGUCUCUAUUGCGUGAGAGCUGCUGACUCCCCAAAUUUCCUCCAGGAUCAAUAAAGUACCUGCCUGUCUCGGGUUCAAGUCACAGACCAAGUCCAUUUUAUUUGGGUUAGAGUUUCUGAGGUUAGAAAUCCUGUAAAUGAUCAUAUUUAACGUGUGCAUUUCAUUCCAGAGAACUCAGAACUGAAUGUAUGUUUGCAACCUGUAAUGGUAAAGAGAAAGUGAUGUUUUAAAUGAUCUGAGACAUUUAUAAAGUCUGAAAGAAAGUAAGUUGAGGACUGUCUAAGUGCUUGUUGAAAAAUAAAAAUGUGAGUUUAAAAACACACAAUAAUCUGCAA